AUGUUACUUUUCUCUGUCAUUAGGAAAGCUGCUCUGAAUGUCCUCACACCUUGGCUUGCUCCAAUCAUCUGGGAUGGAAUAUAUAAUUUAAACAUUUUAAAUGAACAACAUAAGGACACCAGGAUAGGACUGUUUGUAUUUGCAGUGAAAAAGUACAUUCGGUUUCUUGGUCCAUUCCUGGAAUCAGCAGAACGUUUCUUUAUGGUUGGCCAUAAUGUUACAUAUUAUGUAUUUACUGAUCGAGUCAGUGAAAUAGUUAAGCCAAAAAUGGGUGAUGGUCACAGUUUGCAGUUGCGUGAAGUAACUGCUGACAAGCGAUGGCAAGAUGUGUCCAUGCGACGAAUGGAAAUCCUGACUGCCUUGACAAAGCAGUUGACAAAUGAGAUUGACUACUUGGUAUGCGCUGAUGUGGACAUGGUCUUUAACGACCAUAUGGGAGUGGAAAUGCUUGGUGACCUCUUUGCCACACUCCACCCAGGGUUUUUCCUUGCUGAGCCACAUGCAUUUUCAUACGAACGGCAUCCCAUUUCUGCAGCUUAUAUACCUUUUGGUGAAGGGGAUUUCUAUUACAUGGCAGCAUUGUAUGGUGGGAAGGUAGAAGAAAUUUACAAGCUUAGCGUGGCUUGCCAGCAUGGGAUCAUGGAAGACAAGAAAAAGAACAUUGAAGCUGUCUGGCAGGAGGAGUCCCAUCUCAACAGAUAUUUGGUUUACAAUAAACCUACCAAGGUGCUUUCUCCAGAAUAUCUUUGGGCCACAAAUAUGCCGAAUGGUGAAUUUAUAAAAAGGAAAAGAUUCUUAGCAGUACCUAAAAACCACGAGGAAGUAAGAAACUAAAAUGUUCCGUGUGACCAAUUCACAAGGAACCAUGUGUAUUCAUUUCUUGCCAUUC